UGUUCGGGGAGAGUCAACAGUCCUGCAACGAGAUGUCAUGCAAAUUCUGUUCACACUAGCAUCUUUCACCUCUUCUAUCUUACCGAGGAAACACCACGCUGUACGGAGGGAGACGCACUUUUCAAGCGUUUGAUGGUCUUUCAUCUUUCAGAGGAACCUAAACAGUGGAUACAUGGACAUGGUAAAGUGCACUCUAAUGUCUCUUGGCUCGCAUGUCUCGUGUGCUAGUUCUGUCCAAGACCGGUUGCAUUAGAUGCUUGCUUUUGAAAGACUUUAAUACAUAUCAUCGCCAAUGCUUCACCUUGUUGACAACGGCUACGUGCUUAUGCGCAAUGAUGUCCUCUUUGUAGCCAACAAACAGUUGGUGUUUUGAAAGAGAAAACAAAUCUCUCUAUGUUGGCUUCAUCGUCUACAAAAUUGGUUGCGUUGAAGAGGAAGAGAAAUAAUGACUGACAACUGACGCAUUACUACCUCAUGUGAAGAUCAUCUUUGUUCAUCUUGAUUUUGGACCGCUACAGGUUUCCGCGUUGAUCGUUCAUAUACACAAAAGUGGUGAAUCUAUUUCAAACAUCUAACUUCUUGAUAUUUUCCUGUCGAACCUCUUCACAAAGACUCUUUUAAGGACUUGAAGCAUCCUUCAGUGUUACGACCCUUUCCCUCCCUCUUUUCUGAAAGAAGGAACAUAGGAACAGACUCUCAGGUUGUGGACACCACGGCCGUAACUGUGGGAGCACAUCCAAAUACGAUGGUCCACUGUGCGGGCUGCGAGAGGCCUAUAUUGGACAGGUUUCUCCUUAAUGUUCUGGACAGAGCAUGGCACAUCAAGUGCGUACAAUGUUGCGAGUGCAAAUGUAACCUAACAGAGAAAUGCUUUUCUCGAGAAGGAAAACUAUAUUGUAAAAACGACUUCUUUAGGCGCUUUGGAACAAAAUGCGCGGGUUGUGCUCAGGGGAUCUCGCCGAAUGACUUGGUCCGGAGGGCACGAAGCAAAGUGUUUCAUCUGAACUGCUUCACAUGCAUGAUGUGUAACAAGCAACUGUCUACAGGGGAGGAAUUGUACAUCAUAGACGAAAAUAAAUUUGUCUGUAAAGAAGAUUAUUUAAGCAGCACGAACGGAAAAGACACCAAUCUCCUUUCAGUUACAGCGUGUAGUGAUCCUAGUUUAUCGCCAGAUUCUCAAGACCAGCUACAAGACGAUGUCAAGGAUGGGGAAAUCGCAAACUUAUCGGACAAAGAAACGGGUAAUAAUGAAAACGACGAUCAGAAUCUCGGAGGAAAACGAAGAGGACCGCGUACUACUAUUAAAGCAAAGCAACUGGAGACAUUGAAAGCGGCAUUCGCGGCGACCCCCAAACCAACGAGACACAUCAGGGAGCAGUUGGCGCAGGAGACGGGGCUCAACAUGCGAGUUAUUCAGGUAUGGUUUCAGAACCGGCGGUCCAAAGAGAGGCGCAUGAAACAGCUGAGCGCGCUCGGCGCGAGGAGACACGCGUUCUUUCGGAGUCCAAGAAGAAUGCGGACGCUAGUGGACAGACUCGAACCUGGAGAAUUAAUUCCAAACGGCCCGUUCUCAUACUAUGGGGAUUAUCAGAGUGAGUACUAUGGUCCAGGAGGGAAUUAUGACUUCUUUCCCCAAGGCCCGCCAUCUUCACAGGCCCAGACUCCUGUAGACCUCCCCUUUGUCCCAUCGUCAGGACCCACUGGUACCCCGUUAGGGGGCAUGGACCAUCCUAUCCCUGGCCACCAUCCAUCCAGUGAAGUACAGCGCUUUUCAGACAUCAUGUCACACCACCCCGGAGACUCACCUAGUCCAGAGCCAGGGAUACCUGGACCACUCCACAGUAUGUCCUCAGAUGUCUUUGGACCCAGUCCUUCCUUUACAUCCCUCUCCCUCAAUGGCAGCGGAUACAGCAACCACCUCUCCCACCCUACAUCAGAAAUGAAUGAGGGCACGGUCUGGUAGCUUCUGUGAAUGGACAUUUCAGUAGAGAGAAAUUAUGAUAAACAGAGGAGACAGGGUGGUAACAGGGACAUUGGCCACAUAUUCUGGUUAUCAUUUUUGUCUUUUUUAAUUUUCUUCAUUUUUUCUGUGUCAUAAAUGUGGUGGGACAGCUCAUAGAGCAGCAGAGGGCAGCAUGGGCAUUGACAUUUCCCUUCUUGAAUUUGUUGUGUUGAUGUUCAGUUUCCUUCUUUAUUUAUCCCUUUGAAUUAAAGUCAGGACUCAAAAAGAGAAACAAAUGAUACUGUUACUGUUCACCCAGUCGCUGGAUGAACUCUGCUAUGAGACUUAGCACAGCAGUUUCCCUGCAGAAGUUAAAAAACAGUGAUAGUGACACAUUAACAACGUUAGCUACUGUCAAAGACUUGUCAGCUUUACAGAGAAACACCCAAGGCGGCUAAUCUAACACUAACCUGCAAUGUUGACUCCAGAAAAGAUCUACGCCGUCAGACUAAUUUAUUUAUUUGAAAACUCCUCAGACCUCCUUGCCUUUCAAGGCUCUGCCAUACUGACACUUAAAUAACCUUUUUGACACUAAAUCUUUCUGAAGGCCAGGGAGAAAAAAAGCUUUUUUCUCUUUCUGGACAUAUCCUUGUUUCCACAAGAAUUCCACCAAAUCUGAAGAAGUUAGCCUUCAAAAGGCAAAUGUUAAAAUUUGUAUGGAUGGUGAACCCUUUAUUUAAUGGAAGAGAACUUGAAAUGUUAAUAAAUGAAGUCUACCUUCUAAAAUUAUUUUAACAAGGGUCUGAAAGGGACAUAUAGAACAGUCAACUGUUUACGUCAUAUAUUUAAUUCAGGAGCUAAAAGUAUCAACCAUGAUUUAGAGCCUCUUGAUCCAGAAAAAAAUGUUCCAAGCAACCAACCAAACUUUUGUAUUGAUUUUAUUUAUAUUGUAUGAUGAAAAACAAGUUUGCUGGGGUUGUGGUUCACUGUGCUAGUUUGUACAAAAUGUUGUUUACAAAAAAAGGUAAAAAAAAAAAAUACAAGUAGACAGUUGCCAAAUAAAAACAUAGCACAAAUACUGUAAAAGUGCUUUGCACCAUUAUCUGCAGAACGUGUUGAAACAAAGUGUUUAAGUGUUUAAAAACAAUAAGAAGUAUUUACUUCUUAACUUUUUUAGUCUGCUGAAAACCAUUCAUAAAUUGUUAAUAUAACAUACUUAGACCUACAUGUUUUAUUUUUGUGUCUUUAAAGGAAAAUCCAAACUAUUGAAAUUGAUGGUCAAAUGUGCAGCAAGCAGCUGCUACUUUCUUUAAAUAUCAAAUUCUCAUGGUAUGUCUUUUAUUGUUCUAAUAAACCUAAGCUUACAUGACCUCCAGUGCAUAUUAGACCAUUCACUGUAUAAAUACAACAUGUUGAACAAAUUUGUGAGUUUUUAAUAAAAUUAGAAAAUAUGAAAUUUGGAUGAUAGG